AUGGAGAAGUACACAGACUCACCACCUACCUUGCAAGUAGAGCAUUCCUCCCUUCAGACAGAGAAUCUGAUUCUGCAGCCACAAAUACAGCAUCUGACUGAAGAGAAUCCUGAUCCGAGGGGCCAAGUCAUGCCUACCCUGGCCACCCCAAUGGUGUCUGUACCCUGCUCACUUGAACAUCUCUCUCAGUUUCACCACGACCCUGCUAAUCUCUCAAGAUUUCUUGCACAGUUGACAACUCUUAAGUUCCCCAAUCCUGCAGAUGAUGUCCAAGUCAAGUUCUUUUUUGACUACUUAUCUCAGCAGAUGGAAAGUUGUGGUAUCAUAUCUGGGCCUGACCAGAGCACUCUGCUGAAACAAUAUGAGAACUUUGUUCUUGAGUUCCAGCAAUCAUUUGGUGAGCCUACAAAACAGGAAAUAGACCUUCUGAACAAAAAGGACAAUUCCUCCUCUCAGCAGGAUGCUUCUACUUUCCAGCUCCUUGCUCAAAAUCUGAGCUGUAAUGAAACCAAUCUGAGUGAUAACUUCCAAGAAGGACUAGCUGACUCCAUCCAGGAUGAAGUGAGUGGCACAGAUAUGAUGGACAACCUUCCAGACCUGAUCACUCAGUGUAUUCAGUUGGACAAGAAACAUAGUGACAGGCCAGAGCUUCUUCAGUCAGAGACCCAGCUCCCAAUGUUGGCUUCCAUGAUCCACCACCAAGCCUUUUCCAGCCCCACAGAUCUGCCACCCAAGGAAGAACCUAUACAGUUGCGUGGAAGCCAGCCACCUCUCACCCCAGCCAAACGAGCCCUCCAGCAAGAAGCUCAGUUGUGCCUCUACUGCAGCCAGGCUGGUCACUUCACAAGCGAUUGCCUUGCCAAACGUUCUCGAGCCCCAGCAAGGAUAAAUAACCCAACUCACCAGUAAGAGAGGAGGUCACUUUGUAAACUUAUAUCCUUCUCACCUCCAGCCUUAAAGAUUUAUAUACUGAAUUAACAUUUAAAAUAAAGGUGAGGAACUAUGAUACCACUUCAUAGACAGUCAUGAACUCAUGUGCUUCUGGGAAUUUAAACAACCAGAUCUUGUUCAUUUGGUGACCUAUCACAAAAUCAAACCCAACCUGAC